AUGUUUAAACCGUCAGUGUUGCUUAGGAAAAAGUGUUUCCUCAAGAGAAGCCAUAAGUAUAAUGUGAAUGAGUUGGCGAUGGGUUGGUGUGACUUGAGUUACGGCCGAAAGGGUCUGUUUGGCCGAAAUCGUGAGCCGAACACUAUUUUGCACGCAUUGAACGGUAGAAUCACUUUCCACUCAUUGACGGCACUCAUGGGUCCGUCGGGUGCGGGAAAGUCAACGCUAUUGAAGUGCGUGAAUAUGCGCUCAAACAGAGGCCUGAGUCCAGAAACACAACUCUUUGUCAGCAAAACAACUCAAUUGAAAACCGCUUUUAUUAUGCAAUCAGAAACCGAACACAUUCUCAAUGGAUUAACUGUUAGAGAAUCCCUAGUGUUUGCCUCGAAAAUCAAGAACAGAGUGACCAUUGGGCACAUAUACGACAAACCCGUUAAUAUCGCUCCGUCGGCGGCGUUUGAAAGCGACAAAACGGCACUCGAGUCGGGGUUUGGGUUCGGACAGGAGUUGGAGCCGCUGGACAUCGACGGCAAGUUUGAUCACUCUAUGAAUGUUCGGCGACUGUUGUGUGAACUGCUUCUGGAGGACUGCGCGGACACAACUGUCCAGCGAUGCAGUGGUGGAGAGCGGAAGCGCCUGACAGUGGGUCUGGAAUUAGUACAACAAACCAAACCCAACCUCUUGUGUAUUGACGAACCGACGAGUGGUUUAGACAGCAAUUCAGCAGAAAUCGUAAUCCAAUGUCUGAAACAUCUAACUGAAAAACAUGAGAUGGCAAUCGUCACGUCAAUACAUCAGCCAAACUCUCUAAUCCUAUCGCUCUUUGACCAGUUGUAUGUCCUGUCAAAAGGUGGUCACUGUGUAUACGCCGGUCCGUCCGCUCAGAUCAGGGCACACCUCAACAGUUGCGGCAUUGCCUGUCCGGUAGAGUUCGCACCCAUUGAGCUUAUGCUGAAAAUCGCAUCCAAAUUUCCAAACAAAGCUUUAUUAACCGUCGGUUACGUAUCUAUUGAGAGAUUACAGUGCGGCGAAGGGAGUGAAGAGUCGGGCGAUGCCAUCGAUAGACUAAUCGAGAAAACAAAGCAUUUGACAAAUGAGUUACGAGACGAGUGUCGACGAGACGGACAGUUGAUUUCAAAUUCAAUCCCCGGAAAUAAAUUACAUUUCAAUUUCUAUCACUUAUAUUACCUGACAUUAAGGGGUUUUGUGCGCUUUGUCAAAUACGAUUAUAUGUCGAGUCUGGCGCUGUUAAUAUUUUGCAUGACAUUAACGAUUGCAUUCAGUUAUGUAUACGACUUUGAUGUCGGUCAGCGCACCGCCUGUAUUGACCGGUUAAUCGACCGCAAUAGCACGUCCGCCGGGCGGGCAUUAAAAUUGGUGUCCACCGAGUUAUUACUGAUGGAUAACAUUAGGCUAUUGUUUUAUGGACACGUAUUUAUGAACGAACACCGGAACCGGUGGUACACAACCGGCGCAUACUAUUGGAGCAAAUGUGUCGUUGAGUUACCCGUAUUAGUGGCCAUUGGAGUCAUCUAUUCAACAAUGAUGUACUUCAUCAGCGAUCAGGAGUCGGACGCAUUCCGGUGGGCGUACUUUACGAUGAUCGCGACGGGAGGAAUGUGUAUAGUGGCGGGUACGGGCAGUAUAUUUGGCAUAAUAUUUUCCACUAAUUAUCAAUUGGCGGCGACAUUAGGUAUCGGCUAUUAUAUGCUAUCGUAUGUGAUCAACGGUUUCUCUCUACGACUCACAACCGCCGAGUGGUUCACCCGUAAAGUGAGUCAUAUGUUUUACCAUAGAUUCACAUUUUACGCGACAAUGAUUGCCAUUUAUGGCUACGACCGCUGCGAAAACGGGCAAUUGAAUCUAGCACUUAAUAAAUAUCAUUUGGAUGAUGAUGAUAUGUGGGAAAAUGUUAACUGGAUGAUAGGUCAUUUGGUGGUUACUCGCUUACUCGCACUGUUUGCUUUAAUGCUGAAAGUUAGUGCAACCUCUCCAUACGAAACGGGCAUAUGCAUAGCCAAAGUGUUUCUUAUAGGGGGAGUUUCUCCUAAAGAGAGUAAAGUUAAAAGUGAAGGCCAUAAGUAUAAUAGAGAUGAGUUGGCGAUGGGUUGGUGUGACUUGAGUUACGGCCGAAAGGGUCUGUUUGGCCGAAAUCGUGAGCCGAACACUAUUUUGCACGCAUUGAACGGUAGAAUCACUUUCCAGUCAUUGACGGCACUCAUGGGUCCGUCGGGUGCGGGAAAGUCAACGCUAUUGAAGUGCGUGAAUAUGCGCUCAAACAGAGGCCUGAGUCCAGAAACACAACUCUUUGUCAGCAAAACAACUCAAUUGAGAACCGCUUUUAUUAUGCAAUCAGAGAACGAACACAUUCUCAAUGGAUUAACUGUUAGAGAAUCCCUAGUGUUUGCCUCGAAAAUCAAGAAUAGAGUGACCAUUAGUCACAUCUACGACAGACCCAUUAAUAUCGCUCCGUCGGCAGCGUUCGAAAGCGACAAAACGGCACUCGAGUCGGGGUUUGGGUUCGGACAGGAGUUGGAGCCGCUGGACAUCGACGGCAAGUUUGAUCACUCUAUGAAUGUUCGGCGACUGUUGUGUGAACUGCUUCUGGAGGNUGUCCAGCGAUGCAGUGGUGGAGAGCGGAAGCGCCUGACAGUGGGUCUGGAAUUAGUACAACAAACCAAACCCAACCUCUUGUGUAUUGACGAACCGACGAGUGGUUUAGACAGCAAUUCAGCAGAAAUUGUAAUCCAAUGUUUAAAACAUUUGACUGAAAAACAUGAGAUGGCAAUCGUCACGUCAAUACAUCAGCCAAACUCUCUAAUCCUAUCACUCUUUGACCAGUUGUAUGUCCUGUCAAAGGGUGGUCACUGUGUAUACGCCGGACCGCCCGCUCAGCUCAGGGCACAUCUCAACAGUUGCGCCAUUGCCUGUCCGGUAGAGUUCGCUCCAAUUGAGUUCAUACUAAAGAUUGCCUCCAAAUUUCCAAAUAAUGCUUUAUUAACCGUCGGUAACGGAUCUAUGGAGAGCUCACAGACUGACCACAUGCCUUAUGACAAAUUUUAA